GGGGCGCGCACGCAGGGGGCCGGCCUGCCCGCGGCGCGGGGGAAAGUUGAGUUGGGAGAAGUUGGGAGCGGCGGGGACGCGCCCCGAGGUGGGCACGGGGCACUCGUCGGGAGCGCGCGAGGGCGCCGGAGGACCCGGAGCGACCCCGAGACCCCCCCGGGGGCGCCCCGCCUCGAGCCAGCGGGUUAUGCCGCCGCCUGGUCGCCCUGAAAGCCGCAGCGACAGCGAGAAGGGCUAAGCUUUGGCCAUGAGCAGCGCCCCCCGGCGCCCGGCCGCGGGCGCAGACGCUUUCCGCCAGCCCGACCCCGAGAGCCUGGGCCCGCCCGCGCCCGGCUUCCCCGAGCAGGAGGAGGACGCCGAGCUCCACCGGACCCUGGGCGUGGAGCGCUUCGAGGAGAUUCUGCAGGAGGCCGGGCCGCGGGGCAGCGAGGAGCCCGGCCGCAGCUAUGGGGAGGAAGACUUUGAAUACCACCGCCAGUCCUCCCACCACAUCCAUCACCCGCUGUCCACCCACCUGCCCCCCGACGCCCGGCGCCGCAAGACGCCCCAGGGUCCAGGCCGCGGCAAGCCUCGCCGGCGCCCCGGGGCCUCCCCGACGGGGGAGACCCCCACCAUCGAGGAGGGGGAGGAAGACGAGGAGGAGAGCAGUGAGGCCGAGGCCGCGCGGCCGCCCACCCAGCUGUCGCCCCCCUCCGCCGUCGCCCCGUCCGCGGUGCAGUUCUUUCUCCAAGAGGAUGACGGGGCCGACCGCAGGGCAGAGAGGACCAGCCCGUCUCCUCCACCCGCCCAGCAGGAGGCCGCCCCGAGGGCCGCCAGGGGGGCCCAGGCUGCGGCGCCGGCAGAGGAGGUGGUGGCGGUGGCCAGUCCCGCGGCCGGAGGGGACGACGGCGGCGCCUCGGGGCGGCCGCUGCCCAAGCCGCAGCCGGGACAUCGCAGCUACAACCUGCAGGAGAGGCGGCGCAUCGGCAGCAUGACGGGCGCCGAGCAGGCCCUGCUGCCCCAGGUGCCCACCGACGAGAGCGAGGCGCAGACCCUGGCCACGGCCGACCUGGACCUCAUGAAGAGUCACCGGUUCGAGGACGUCCCUGGCGUGCGGCGGCACCUGGUACGGAAGAACGCCAAGGGGCCCGCGCCCAGCGGCCGGGAGGGGCGUGAGCCCGGCCCCACCCCGAGAUCCCGGCCCCGGGCCCCCCACAAGCCCCACGAGGUCUUUGUGGAGCUCAACGAGCUGCUGCUGGACAAGAACCAGGAGCCCCAGUGGCGGGAGACGGCGCGCUGGAUCAAGUUCGAGGAGGACGUGGAGGAGGAGACGGAGCGCUGGGGGAAGCCGCACGUGGCCUCGCUGUCCUUCCGCAGCCUCCUGGAGCUCCGCCGGACCCUGGCCCACGGGGCCGUGCUCUUGGACCUGGACCAGCAGACGCUGCCCGGCGUGGCCCACCAGGUGGUGGAGCAGAUGGUCAUCUCUGACCAGAUCAAGGCCGAGGACAGGGCCAAUGUGCUGCGGGCACUGCUGCUGAAGCACAGCCACCCGAGUGAUGAGAAGGACUUCUCCUUCCCCCGCAACAUCUCGGCUGGCUCCCUGGGCUCCCUGCUGGGCCACCACCACGGCCAGGGGGCGGAGAGUGACCCCCACGUCACCGAGCCCCUCAUCGGAGGGGUCCCCGAGGCCCGAGUAGAGGUGGAGAAAGAGCGCGAACUGCCACCCCCGGCCCCUCCGGCCGGCAUCACCCGCUCCAAGUCCAAGCACGAGCUCAAGCUGCUGGAGAAGAUCCCGGAGAACGCGGAGGCCACGGUGGUCCUCGUGGGCUGCGUGGAGUUCCUCUCGCGGCCCACCAUGGCCUUCGUGCGGCUGCGGGAGGCGGUGGAGCUGGACGCCGUGCUGGAGGUGCCCGUGCCCGUGCGCUUCCUCUUCCUGCUGCUGGGCCCGAGCAGCGCCAACAUGGACUACCACGAGAUCGGCCGCUCCAUCUCCACGCUCAUGUCCGACAAGCAAUUCCACGAGGCGGCGUACCUGGCGGACGAGCGGGAGGACCUGCUGACGGCCAUCAACGCCUUCCUGGACUGCAGCGUGGUGCUGCCGCCCUCCGAGGUGCAGGGCGAGGAGCUGCUGCGCUCCGUCGCCCACUUCCAGCGCCAGAUGCUCAAGAAGCGAGAGGAGCAGGGCCGCCUGCUGCCUGCGGGCACCGGGCUGGAGCCCAAGUCGGCCCAGGAUAAGGCGCUCCUACAGAUGGUCGAGGCGGCCGGCACGGCGGACGAGGACGACCCCCUGCGGCGGACGGGCCGGCCCUUCGGGGGGCUGAUCCGGGACGUGCGGCGCCGCUACCCCCACUACCUGAGCGACUUCCGGGACGCGCUGGACCCGCAGUGCCUGGCGGCCGUCAUCUUCAUCUACUUCGCUGCCCUGUCCCCCGCCAUCACCUUCGGAGGCCUGCUGGGAGAGAAGACACAGGACUUGAUCGGGGUGUCGGAGCUGAUCAUGUCCACGGCGCUGCAGGGCGUCAUCUUCUGCCUGCUGGGCGCCCAGCCGCUGCUGGUGAUCGGCUUCUCGGGGCCCCUGCUGGUCUUUGAGGAGGCCUUCUUCUCGUUCUGCAGCAGCAACAACCUGGAGUACCUGGUGGGGCGCGUGUGGAUCGGCUUCUGGCUGGUGCUGCUGGCGCUGCUCAUGGUGGCGCUGGAGGGCAGCUUCCUGGUGCGCUUCGUGUCCCGCUUCACCCAGGAGAUCUUCGCCUUCCUCAUCUCCCUCAUCUUCAUCUACGAGACCUUCUACAAGCUGGUGAAGAUCUUCCAGGAACACCCGCUCCACGGCUGCUCGGUCACCAACAGCUCGGAGGAGGGUGCCGAGCCGAACGCCACGUGGGCCAGGCCGGAGAGCACGCUGAGCCUGGCCAACGGGAGCUCGGCCGAGCGGGCCGGGCCGGCGCUGCCCCAGGGCCAGCCCAACACGGCCCUCCUGUCGCUGGUGCUCAUGGCCGGCACCUUUUUCAUUGCCUUCUUCCUGCGCAAGUUCAAGAACAGCCGCUUCUUCCCCGGCCGAGUGCGGCGGGUGAUCGGGGACUUCGGGGUGCCCAUCGCCAUCCUCAUCAUGGUGCUUGUGGAUUACAGUAUCGAGGACACCUACACCCAGAAGCUGAGCGUGCCCAGCGGGUUCUCGGUGACGGCCCCCGAGAAGCGUGGCUGGUUCAUCAACCCCCUGGGCGAGAACAGUGCCUUCCCCGUGUGGAUGAUGGUCGCCAGCCUGCUGCCCGCCAUCCUGGUCUUCAUCCUCAUAUUCAUGGAGACGCAGAUCACCACGCUCAUCAUCUCCAAGAAGGAGCGCAUGCUGCAGAAGGGCUCCGGCUUCCACCUGGACCUGCUGCUCAUCGUGGCCAUGGGCGGCAUCUGCGCCCUCUUUGGCCUGCCCUGGCUGGCGGCGGCCACGGUGCGCUCCGUCACGCACGCCAACGCGCUCACGGUCAUGAGCAAGGCGGUGGCGCCCGGAGACAAGCCCAAGAUCCAGGAGGUCAAGGAGCAGCGGGUGACGGGGCUGCUGGUCGCCCUGCUCGUGGGCCUCUCCAUAGUCAUCGGGGACCUGCUCCGCCAGAUCCCCCUGGCUGUGCUCUUCGGCAUCUUCCUGUACAUGGGCGUGACCUCCCUGAACGGGAUCCAGUUCUAUGAGCGGCUGCACCUGCUGCUCAUGCCGGCCAAACACCACCCCGACGUCACCUAUGUCAAGAAGGUGCGGACCCUGCGGAUGCACCUGUUCACGGCCCUGCAGCUGCUCUGCCUGACCCUGCUCUGGGCCGUCAUGUCCACGGCCGCCUCCCUGGCCUUCCCCUUCAUCCUCAUCCUCACGGUGCCGCUCCGCAUGGUGGUGCUCACCCGCAUCUUCACCGAGCGAGAGAUGAAAUGCCUGGACGCCAACGAGGCGGAGCCCGUGUUCGAUGAGCGGGAGGGUGUGGACGAGUACAACGAGAUGCCCAUGCCUGUGUAGCUGCUGCCUGGACAGACAGCCGAGGGACGGACGGAUGGACGGACGGGGACCGGGGCUGGGGGGGUGCCCCCACCCCAGCCCGCCCCGUUUUUAUUUAAGUGAAUAAUUUAAAGUCCCCUGCCCUGCUCCCUGCAGUAAAGUGCUUC